AAAGAGGGUUUUAGGUAAAGACAGCUGUUCUUCAUCAUCUAUAUGGAGAAACAGUAGUAUUGCUUUUAUGAAUAUGAUUACUUCCUGCAGCAGACAGAAAGGAGAAAACACACACACAAACAAAAACCCAUGUAUAUUUUGAGAUGUCUAGAAUACAAAAGAGCUGGAGAAUAUGCCUUCCUGAUUUUCUUUGGCAUUCAAGAUACUGAUGGCGUGGGAAGCGUGUGUUAUCAAAGCUGCACAUGUGUGAAAACACAGAAUGGAAAGAGGCUUCUUUCGGUGCUUAUGUGCUCCAGGUCAAGGCCACAGAUGCAGAUGACCCGACCUAUGGAAACAGUGCCAGAGUCGUUUACAGCAUUCUUCAGGGGCAACCUUAUUUCUCUAUUGAUCCCAAGACAGGUGUUAUUAGAACAGCUUUGCCAAACAUGGACAGAGAGGUCAAAGAACAAUACCAAGUACUCAUCCAAGCCAAGGAUAUGGGAGGACAACUAGGAGGAUUAGCUGGAACAACAAUAGUCAACAUCACUCUCACAGAUGUCAAUGACAAUCCACCUCGAUUCCCCAAAAGCAUCUUUCAUCUGAAAGUUCCAGAGUCUUCUCCUAUUGGCUCAGCUAUUGGAAGAAUAAGAGCUGUGGACCCUGAUUUUGGACAAAAUGCAGAAAUUGAAUACAAUAUUGUUCCAGGAGAUGGGGGAAAUUUGUUUGACAUCGUCACAGAUGAGGAUACACAAGAAGGAGUCAUCAAAUUGAAAAAGCCAUUAGAUUUUGAAACAAAGAAGGCAUAUACUUUCAAAGUGGAGGCCUCCAACCUUCACCUUGACCACAGGUUUCACUCGGCGGGCCCUUUUAAAGACACAGCGACAGUGAAGAUCAGCGUACUGGACGUGGAUGAGCCGCCGGUGUUCAGCAAGCCACUCUACACCAUGGAAGUUUAUGAGGACACUCCAGUUGGGACGAUCAUUGGUGCUGUCACUGCACAAGACCUUGAUGUGGGCAGCAGUGCCGUUAGGUACUUCAUAGAUUGGAAGAGUGAUGGAGACAGCUACUUUACAAUAGAUGGAACAGAAGGAACCAUCGCCACUAAUGAAUUACUAGACAGAGAAAGCACUGCACAGUAUAAUUUCUCCAUAAUUGCGAGUAAAGUUAGUAACCCUUUGUUAACCAGCAAAGUCAACAUACUGAUUAAUGUCCUAGAUGUCAAUGAAUUUCCUCCAGAAAUAUCUGUGCCAUAUGAGACUGCUGUGUGUGAAAAUGCCAAACUAGGACAAAUAAUUCAGAUAGUCAGUGCUGCGGACCGAGAUCUUUCACCUGCUGGGCAGCAAUUUUCCUUUAGAUUAUCACCUGAGGCUGCCAUUAAACCAAAUUUUACAGUCCGUGACUUUAGAAACAACACAGCUGGAAUUGAAACCCGAAGAAAUGGAUACAGCCGCAGGCAGCAAGAGUUAUAUUUCCUCCCCGUUGUAAUAGAAGACAGCAGUUACCCUGUACAGAGCAGCACAAACACAAUGACUAUUCGAGUUUGUAGAUGUGAUUCUGAUGGUACCAUCCUGUCUUGUAAUGUGGAAGCAAUUUUUCUACCUGUAGGACUUAGCACUGGAGCUUUGAUUGCAAUCCUACUAUGCAUUGUUAUACUCCUAGCCAUAGUUGUGCUGUAUAUAGCACUGAGAAGGCAGAAGAAAAAAGAUACCCUCAUGACUUCUAAAGAAGACAUCAGAGACAACGUCAUUCAUUAUGAUGAUGAAGGAGGUGGGGAGGAGGACACCCAGGCUUUCGAUAUUGGCGCUCUGAGAAACCCAAAAGUGAUUGAAGAGAAUAAAAUUCGCAGGGAUAUAAAACCAGACUCUCUCUGUUUACCUCGUCAGAGACCACCAGUGGAAGAUAACACAGACAUAAGGGAUUUCAUUCAUCAAAGGCUGCAGGAAAAUGAUGUAGACCCAACUGCUCCACCAUAUGAUUCAUUGGCCACAUACGCCUAUGAAGGAAAUGGAUCUGUGGCCGAGUCCCUCAGUUCUAUAGACUCUGUCACCACAGAAGCUGACCAGGACUACGACUAUCUGACAGACUGGGGACCCCGCUUUAAAGUCUUGGCAGACAUGUUUGGUGAAGAAGAGAGCUAUAACCCUGAUAAAGUCACUUAAGGGAAACAUGAAGGCUAAAACAUUAACAAGAGGGGAAAUUUUUAAAAAAGAAAAAGAAACAUAAAUAGAAAUCACACACACACACACACACACACACACACACACACACACACACGCACAGGCUUUAUAGGACAAGAUUCCUUUGAUUAUCUGAUUUCUAGCAAGUUGUUAUAUUUAUCAUAUUGUCAGUUUUGGUUUAUUCUGCCGACACAAGAUAAAUCCUAUAAUAAUGUGCUUGCUUUCUUUUGUUUUUUUCAGAAUCACACUGAGACAAGCUCAGGCCUAUUAAAUACAAUUUACUGACAUGACAACCUUGAACGAAGAUAGCUAUGUGGCAUCACGGUGGAAGAGUGUUAGAUUUUUCUUAAUUCCACUAAAGUGCCUAUUGAAACUCUUAUCAUUUAAAGUGGUAUACAGUACACUCUGCUGUGAUGGCAUUGCAGGAUUCAGAGAUAAAGAGGACAUAAAACAAUGAAAUCGUCUUUAUGUCAAGGAGCAAUAGCAACAUGCUGACUCUCCUCAUUCCUUUUGAGAAAAAAAAGAAUACUUUCUGAACUCCAUCUUCUUAUAAUUCAAAGGGUUUUCUUUUUCUUUUUUAAAUUGUAUGCCAAAACAUAUUUGUUUUCCCCACCCUUUCAGAAAAUUGAAAUAAGUAUGACAAUAUCAAGUUCAAUAUGUAAGUUUUGAAUUCUAAAAGGGAUGUUUGAUUUUAACAUUAGUUAAUAUUAAAAGUGUUCAUUAAAAUGUUAUGUUGUUUUCCAAAAAAUAAAACUUCAAAAAAGAAAAUAGAAAAAAAAAAUUCCCUCUUUAUAAAGAGAGGCCUCAGGGCUCAAAUUACACAUUAAAAUAAAUAUUGGUUUUGUUUAAUAUUGUACUGGUGUGUUGAAAAUUGGUUUUAAAAAGUAAUCAGGUCAUUAGUACUUAAAGUCACAGAUAAAAUUUCAGGUUGUAUUUCUAUGAAAAUUCCUAGAGGGAAAAGUGCCAUUAAUUUAAACAUGGGAAGAUAGAUUCAUUAUAUAGCUUCUCAGAGUUUCUUACAAUCUAGCUAUUCUUUGAACAAUAAUAAAAAUAAAAUACAUAUCAAAUAAUAAAGGAUGGAUUUAUAACAUGUCUAAAAAUAUUUAUUAUAUAUUACUGAACAUACAAAAAAAUCAGGGACUUCAGAAAGUUCAAACCAAUGACUAAAUCCUAAAAUCAACACAAAUGCAAAUUCAGGCAGCUGAUUCACUGACUUUACUAACAUAGAUUUCAACUUUGUGAUCAUCAUCAUUCUACUGGAAUUUAGAGUUAUGUCUUU